AUGUUAAGAUUCAAGUGCUGGACCGCCUGGAUAAAGGAGAGCGCCAGGUGGAUAUCCGGACAGAUCUCUAUGCCUACCUCCACUAUCCGCACUAUCCUCAAAAACAAGGAUAAGAUCCGCACUUCAGUGACGACCAGCACUGCUUCUUCAGCCAAGCAGAUCACCCGCUCCAGGUCCUACGCUCUUGAGGAGAUGGUGAAGAGGCUUUCCAUACGGAUAGAUGAUGAGCUGGAGCGUAACAUGUCUCUCAGCCAGGCCAUCUUGAUGGAGAAGUCAAAGAGAAUUUACGCUCACAUCCAGAGUCAAGAUCCAAAUGUGAUGGAGAGUUUUGCAGCAAGUAGAGGUUGGUUUGACCGCUUUACGAAAAGGUACAACCUCUACAACCUUAAGAUCACCGGUGAAGCGGCAAUUGCAGACACUGGAGCUGCUGCAGCCUUUCCAGCCUCUUUCAAGGACGUGGUGGAUAGAGGGAGCUAUCCACCGGAGGUUGUCUUCAAUGUGGUUGUGACCGGGCUCUUCUGGAAGCGCAUGCCAAGCCGCACGUUCAUCUCUAGGGAGCAGAAGAGAGCACCGGGCUUUAAAGCGUCGAAAGACAGGCUGACCCUUCUUGUGGGUGGGAACGCCAGCGGUGACUAAAGCCUUUGCUGGUGUACCACUCCCAGACACCGAGGGCAAUGAGGGGCAUUAGCAAGUCCAGCUUGCCAGUCAUUUGGAAGGCAAACAGGAAGGCAUGGAUCACCAGGGAUAUUUUUACAGAUUGGUUCACUGACCGUUUCUGCCCUUUCAUGCAGUGAUUUCCACCUUCAAGGCCUGCUAUCUCCACUGCACAUUCCAUCAGCUGAUUGAACACACAGACUGCGAGGACAAGCAAUCAAUGUUGGACUUCUGGAAGCAGUACCACAUCAUGAAGGCUAUCUCCAACAUUGAUCUUUCCUGGAAGGAGGUGACACAGCAGUGUCUCAAGGCUGUGUGGAAAAAGAUCUGGCUAGAGCUGUGUGAGGAUGUGCAACUCAAGGCUGUGUGGAAAAAGAUCUGGCUAGAGCUGUGUGAGGAUGUGCAACUACCAGAGCCCAUCAUAGCGGAGAUAGUGGACCCUGUGACCCCGGCUGGACUAGGAGAUACAGAUGCUUAG